UUUUACUAAGCUCUGCUAAACACUCACUAAAAUAACAAGUAUUUUAAGUUGUGCUAUUGUUAUUGCAAAAAUUCUUAAAUAAAAUUAUAAAAAUAUUAAAUAAAACUACAUUCCAUUAGCACACAAGUCCAAUAAGGAAUUAUUUAUACAUAUUUUAAACAGUUUAAUAAAGUGUGAAAAAAUUCCCUAAAACUAAACUAGAUAUUAAUAAAAAGAAAUGACGCUUAAAUAUAGUCAUGCCAUAGUGGCCAGAAUAUCCGAUUCAUUAAAAACGAAAAAAGACUUUAAUCUUGAAUUGGCUAAAGAACAGCACAAACAAUACUGUAGUUUAUUGAGGGAAAUUGGUUUAGAUGUCAUUGAAUUACCGCCCGAUGACGAGUUACCGGAAAGUGUGUUUGUGGAAACGUCGGCGGUGAUAUGUAAUGGAGUGGCGUUAAUAGGAAAAUCGGAUAAUCCAAUGAGACAAAAAGAAGCCAAUAGUAUGGCGAUAAUAUUGAAAAAAGAAUUAGAUAUACCCGUAGAAGUGAUAGAGAAUCCCAACGCACAAUUGGAUGGUGGUGAUGUCUUAUUUACAGGCAGAGAAUUCUUUGUGGGCAUUUCCGAAUACACAAAUGAAGAUGGUGCUAGAGCAGUGGCUAUGACAUUUCCCGAAUAUCCAGUAACGCCUAUCAAGGUUGGUGGUGGUAACAAAUGUCUUAAAUACUAUAUCACUAUGGCUGGUCCCGAUGUGCUGUGCGUUAGCUCUAGUAAAACAUGUGUGGAAAUUCUUAAACGAAUGGAGCGUGAAGCUAGUUUUAAAUAUCAAAAAAUCACCCUACCCGAAGAACAUGCUGCCAAUAUGUUAUACAUCAAUGGCACUUUAGUACAUAGAUCACCUUUGGAAAUCACUGAAUCGCACAAAAUAAUUAAAGAAAAAAUUGACAUUCCUACGCGCAACAUUAAUAUUAGUGAAUUUAGCCAAUUUUCUUUGGGUUUAACCUCCUCCUGUCUUCUUCUCAGACGCUGGAAGUCCAUACGCAGCAUUUAGAUUAUUUAAAAAGUAUUUUUUUGUGAAAAUAAUCAAGGCAAAACAAAAAUCAUGGCAAUAUUAUUCCGGUUAACAAAAUUUUCUAUCUUCCGUAGUUCUAAAUUAAGGUAGCUAAAUUAAAAUUUAUUAUUAUAUUAUUAGUAUUGCAAUAUAACACAAUAUUAUACAAAUAUCAAUAUACGUUUUUGUUAUACUUUAUAAAAAAAAAUUACAAUAUUAUAUUAUUAUUAUUAACAAAAAGUAGUUAUUUAAUAAAAAUUAAAUGCAUACAUAAUAAAUAUUUACAAUGUAAAUGUUGUAACGUAAUAAAAUAAA